UGCGUGCUGAUUUGAAUGACAGAUUUCGUAUAAAAGCAAAUGGUUGCUGAACAACUGCUAUCACAAUUCGUUAAUCUUUUCAAUUGUAAAGAAGUCUAAUCUUCAGCAAAACCCACAACCUAUCAAAAUGUUCAAAUUGUUCUCGGUUUGCUUCCUCGCCCUCUUCGCUGUUGCCUUCGGCGCUGCUAAACCCGGUUUGUUGGCUGCUCCAUUGGCUUACUCCGCUCCAUUGGCAGCUGCACCCAUUGCUCAUGCUUAUGCCGCUCCAGUCGCUGCUGCCUACUCCGCUCCCCUCGCCUACACCGCCGGAUAUGCUGGUUACGUUGCACCCUACGCCAGCAGCUACAAUGCUCACUCGAUCGCACACUCCGCCGCUUUCCCAGCUGCCUAUGCUGCUCCAGUAGUUGCCGCUCCAGCUCCAGUAGUUGCUGCCGCCCCAGCUGUUGCUCUUUUGAAGAAAUAGAAGCAUUUACCGAAACUGAUAUGGACCUUUGCGAUGAAAUAAAGCUGAAGAUCAGAAACAAAUAACUCAAAA